AUGGCAGUUUCCACUUCGAAGGACAAGGAAUCCACACACGAGGAAUAUGUUCCCGAGGUCUUGCGAGCCCAGGAAGUGGUGGACCACAACAUCCACCAUCCGGUCGGAUGGUGGAAUUGGCGAGUACUUAUGAACAGUGAGUCAAUCCUAGUUUCCCUGUCCAUUGUCGAAUCAUUACGCGAUUCUUAUAUCAAAAUAAGUCCGACUUACAUUCCAGCAGUGGUAAUAGUCGGCCUCUCGAUGGGACUCUAUGGCUACGAUAAUAACUUUGUCGCUCCACUUCUCUCGUUGCCUUUGUUCAUUUUGAAGUAUCAGGGCGGCGGUUUAGCGUUCACGGCCAGAAACCUCGAUGUAAUAGUGACGGUGCCCCUUGUCGGCGCAGCUAUCGGUACCUUUAUGGGGGCGCCUCUCAUGAAAUACAUUGGUCGUAAGAAAACAUUCCUCACGGCCUACUUCCUCCUUUGCACCCCGGGUUCACUUCUGCAGCUUUUUGCGCCAAAUCUUGGGGCCUUGGUCGUGGGCCGGCUUUGGAAUUAUCUCGGAGUCAGCGUCCUCACCACGACGGCUCCGUUGUACCUCUCCGAACUGGUUCCGACCCAUAUCCGUGGUAGAGCGGUUGGAUUUUGCAUCGCCGGAGUGGCUGUGGUGGCCAUUUUCGCAACCACUAUUGUCUGGGGAACCGAAAAGAUAAACGAUGAGCGUCAGUACAAGGUUCCACUCGCCAUCCAAGCGGCAUGCCCUGUCGCAUUUGGUUGUCUUACGCUUUUAUGCUCAGAGUCACCCGUCUGGUAUGCUCAACAUGACCGGUUGGAUCGUGCGCGUCUCACGCUCAUGGCUCUUCGAAAUAAUAUGACGGAGAUUGUUGACGCGGAGCUCUCUAUGCAUCAAGUCGCUGUUACCGCGGAAGCCGAACGUCGGAGACAGACAAGAUUUUGGGAUAUCUUGCACUCCGCGCACCUGAAACGAACAAUCACAGCAGGAGCGCUACUUAGCUCGAGUCAAGUCGGCGGACAGAUUCUGGUUGGGACUUACUCCACUGUCAUCCUCGUACAAAGCGGGGUUGCGAACCCUUUCCAGAUCACCAUCAUCAUCACUUGCUUGCAAUGCCUUGGGACAAUCAUCGGGCCCACACUCGUGGACAAAGCCGGCAGGAGACCAGUGGCCAUCACAGGUUUCUCAAUACUCUUUCUCCUCAAUAUGACGGCUGGAGGGUUAGCUGCAGCAGGUCUGACGACAAAAAGUCAGAGAUUGGGUCUUGCGGCCGUGUUCAUCACAUUUGCCUUCUUUAACGCUGCCUCGUUCCUAUCGCUAGCAUUUGUACUGCCGACCGAAAUUGCCACGACAUCGCUAAGAGAGCCAACCAUGGCCUGGUCAUUAUUCUGGUCCUACGUGACGGCUGUCAUCACGACGUUCGCAGUUCCGCAGAUCACGGCCGCGGAUGCCGGUAACCUAGGCGCCAAAGCGGCUUUCAUUUUUGGUGGCUGUGUCUUCAUCACCUUGGUCUGGGCAUACUUUUACAUUCCGGAGACAAAGGCGAGGACAAUAGCAGAGGUCGAUGAAAUGUAUGCCAUCAACUUGCCGAUGCGGCGUUGGAGGAAUUAUCAAUGUCAGGCUGUGAUCAACACGGCAAUUGAGGUGCAAAGGCAUGGGAGUAUAGAUGGGGAAGAUGCUUAG